UAUGCAUUUUGUGCAUAUUAUGCACUAUGCAUGCACAAAAAUAAUAUUAUGCGCACAAAAAGAAACACUGAGGAUAACCCUAGCUCGUUACUACGUAAAUGCAAAGCUGUAACCAUGCAAGACGCGGUUUUGUACUUGUGCCGACAAGACGAGGUUAAUUUAUCCCAUGAAAAAUUUGAGUCUCAAAAUGCAACGAAAUCAAUUUCAAGUACCAGAAUGAAUCGUAAAGCAUCGAGAUUUAAUGAUCUCAACGCCAUGUGCUCACCACGUGUUAAACCAAACAACGCUAAAAUUAUUCACGCUCUUAGCGUCAAAUGGUGGACUCGGCAUUGUCGAGAUUGGAGGUUAUUAUUUGGAGAGCUGGGUAUUCCAAUUUUGGUUGCGUUGACGUUUGAAAUUAUCGCGGGAACGGAACCAAGCGGGGUAAAAUUUGGGAUAAUCCAUAAUGAUCCAGGUUUCAAUAUAAGCGAUGCAACUUGUAAUUACAAUAAUGCGACACGAUGUUUCGAGAAUGUGGGAAUUUGCGACUUCCUGAAAAACUUUGAAACUGAUAAGUUUUCCUGGAUUCAUGUAAACUCAUUCCAAGAUGGCGUUAGUUUAUUAGAAGGUGGAAGAGUUCUUGGGAUGUUGGAGUUUCCCGCGAACUUUAGCCUGCACAUGCAAAAUAGAAUGUUACAGCGCAAUUUUGCUAAUAAUGAGACGAUAGAUGGAUCCACGAUUUCAGUCAGAAUGGACGAGUCAAAUAAAAUAUUGACUUUUUGGGCAAGGAAAAUUAUAAUCGACAAAUACCUCAAGUUCAUUGAAAGCAUAGCUUUCGCUUGUUCUUUCAACGGGAACAUUGCUCAACCAGGGCUCCAGUUUACCGCGAUUUAUGGAAGCAUCGAACUAUUUGAUGUCCUCUCUUAUAUGAAACCUGGUAUAAUAAUUCUCCACAUGUUUCUGUUGCCAAUGUCAAUCGUCCUGAUUUCGACGGAAGACCGAGUCGUUGGCGUUGAGGGGAGAGAAUUUAUUUCCGGAGUGCACUUCCGGCACCGACUUAUUUCAGCAAUUUUGACUCAAAGUUGCAUGAUUUUGGUACAAAUUGGGAUAUUUCUGGGGGUAAUGUACACUUUUUAUGGCACAGUGAUCAAGGGUUCGUGGGUACUUGCAGUGAGUCUAAUUUACUCUUGUGCCAUAACCGGGUUGAUGUUUGGUGCUAUGAUUGGGGCAUUGUGUGACAAGAUACUUGACGUUAUAUUCAUACUAAUGCUAGUUGUUCUGGGACAAUUAUUUGCCACAGGAAUGUUUCCUCUGGAAAUGGCGCCAUGGAUUGUUCGUCAACUAUUUGUGUUCUUACCGAUAACACAAAUGACUAAGGCGCUGAGAUCAAUUUGCACGAAAGGAUGGGGCAUUACGAAUCCGGUCGUGGUCACGGGCUUCCUACCCGUGCUUGGCUGGAUAGCGGUUUCCUUGGUCGUUAUAGUGCUAGCAGAGCGACGAAGAUACAAAUAAGUAGAUGAACAUGUACACAUUUUACGUAGGCAUUAAUUACUAAAAUAUAUUUAAAUUAAAUAGAUCUGAAAGCUUACAUGUUUCUUACAAAAUUGUAUUUAAAUUAACUAAAUUAAUUGCAAGAAAAAUCAAACAUAUGUACAUACGUGUUAGGUUUGUUUUGAAAAAAGUUUGCGGAACAAAUAGGUCAAUUUUGUCAAAAUAUUUGGAAUCAAAUACAUGUACACAUCAAUUUGUAAUACACGCCAAGUAAUUAAAUUUGUAAAUAUAUACAACUGUAUUAAAUAUAGGUAAACUUUAAUUUAGCCAGAUUUAUGUAUCUAUCUUUAUAAUUGUGACGUAUAAAAUUGAAUUAUCUGAACCACGAUAUGUUCAUUAUAUAUGUAUUUAAAAAUGAAUUCCACCUUCAAGUGUCGCAAUUAUGCGUUUGAAUCAAUUUUCAUGAAUGUUUGAAUGCCUGCGUGUCUUACUCUGGCAUUUUGUGAUAGUGGUUUUCCUAGCUCUCCAUCCUAGCUAGGUUUUCCCACUAUUCCUCUGACUACUCUCUACAUUACAUUUACGAUUACAUUCACAUUUACAUAUCUAACUCUGUAAUAUUUAAAGUUGAUGAGGGCUGCUGGCCAUAUAUCAAUAAAUACUAUACUAUACUACUCUGGCAUUUAA